UACUUUUUGUUGGCUUCUGCAAUACAAAAGAAGAGCAAUCGCAUCUUUGCUGGUAUAAAUAUUGCUUCCAAGGACGAACAUGACGACUGUCGAAGCAGACUUUCAAUCGGCUGUUAAAUUGUUAGUCCACGAUAAACUGUUUUACUGCUUGUGUAAUGCUUACUCUGAGCUCUUUUUCUCCUCCGAGUUAUCUAUAUCAUGACAAAAGGCCUAAAUUUGAUUGUAAUUACUUUUGGCUUGCUGACCAGCUUUUACGGAUUCUAUGGAAUUGGUUUUGGAGUACCUGCACCUGGAUAUGGCGGGCAUUUUCAAUAUCUCACUAUAAUGGGACUUCUGGUUGCUACUUUAAUGUUUAUGGUUAGAAUUAUUCAUUUAUUGAGUGGCACAAUGAAAGUCGUGUAUGAAACUUUAACAGCAAUUGCUACACCAAUUGAAGGCCUUGUUAGUGUUCUCUAUUGGCCACUUGUUCUAUAUGAUAAAUCAUUGCUGAUUCCAGAAGACACUGUCUUCGACUUGCCAUUAAAACUGGAUGUGUGCUUGCAUUUAUUCCCUACCGUCGUUUGUUGGAUCGACUUUAUGGUAUUUAAUACAAGUUAUAAGCGAUCUCCUUUACAUAUUCUGGCAAUAUAUGCGUUUACUAUGUUCUAUUACGUCUGGUUAAACAUCUGCUUUGAACACAAUGGUUUCUGGCCGUACCCAAUGCUAGGUUUAUUCAAAAGCGAUUUUCAACGAGGCGCUUUCUUUUUGCUUUGUGGAUGGCUUUGUUCAAAUCUAUAUAAAAUAAUUGCUAAAGGUCAUGCUUUACUGCAUCCAAAGGAUGAGGUUCUCGUUGAGAAAGACCCAGUAAAAAAGCUCAGUUAAAAUAGAUUGUGCGUGGUUUUCGUUUACAUAUUGAAGAAAAGAAUGUAUACGUUUAGCUAUUCAUUAUAGCAACUUAGAAAUACAAUAUGCGUUUUUGUUUUCCGGGAUAUCUUAUAUAUUUCCAUCUGCUAGUAUCAAUCUUUUCAUUUAUGAUCUAUAUAUAACAGUCUUUAAUAGCAAUGAAACAGACAGAGUAUACGCAACUACUUCUGAGAAGAUGCUUCAGCCUUUAACCUAUAUUCACCGUCAAAAUGUAACGUAUAAUUAGUGGUAAUUUAG